UAAAGAUCGUUGCGUUGCGUAAUAGUGACAUUGCACUUAAAUUUUACAUAGAAGAUAUUGAAUUAACUAUAAAUUUAAAAAAACAAAAAAUAAUAUAAAUUGAUAUUCAUCCGUUGCAAAUUGAUGGUAUAUAACCGGUGAAUCCUACACUCUGAAGGAUUUAAAAUUAACCAAACAAGAAACAAAGUAAAAUAAAACAAUGGGCGAUGGCGAUGAACUACAUGAAGAAGAACGCUUUGACGUCCUCACUAAAACCGGUCUGAAAACUGGUAUUUCUAAACCCAGAAGCGCCGUUCACAGAGAUGGGGAUUAUCACCGAGCUGUUCAUGUAUGGAUUUUUGCUGAAAGUACUCAACAACUUCUUCUGCAAAAACGUGCUGAUCACAAGGAUUCAUGGCCUGGAUUAUGGGAUAUCUCCAGUGCAGGUCAUGUAUCUGCUGGAGAUACGUCCCUUAUCACAGCCAGGAGAGAGCUUCUAGAAGAGCUUGGUGUAAACCUCCCGAAUGAUGCCUUUGAAUUGCUAUUUGUUUUCCUUCAAGAAUGUGUUACAAAUGGUGGGAAGUUCAUUGAUAAUGAAUUUGAUGAUGUUUAUCUUGUAACAACACUAGCCCCAAUUCCCUUGGAAGCUUUUACUUUACAGGAAUCUGAAGUUUCAGCUGUUAAAUAUAUCUCUAUUGAGGAGUACAAGAGCCUACUUGUUAAAGGAGACCCUGAAUAUGUACCUUACAAUUUGGAGGGACAAUAUGGUCAACUUUUUGACAUAAUUACCAAAAGGUACCAAAACAACAUGGAAGCAAAAAGUUUGCUUCUGCAAAAGAAGCUCAACCGUUAUGCUCCUAUCUCACUUGAUGCAGAGUUGACAGGUCUCUCCAAGGAGGACAAGGAAGCUUUGGUUUUACUCAUUCAAGCUGCAAGAAUAAUGGAUGAUAUUUUUUAUGAGCAGGUUUGGUCUAGCAAUUCAUCUUUAAGGGAAUGGUUAAAAGGGCGUGGUCAACUAUCUGAGUUUGACAUGUUAAAAUGGAAGUAUUAUUCCAUAAAUAAGAGUCCAUGGUCUUCUCUUGAUGAAAAUGAAGCAUUUUUGACAACUGCAGACUCUGCUGUGAAAUUGCUUCCGGAAGCAACAAGGAAGGUGGCUGGUUGGAAAGGUCUAGAAUACAAAGCUGCAUUUCCCCUUGUGAAACCACCUGGUGCCAAUUUUUACCCUUCAGAUAUGGAUAAAAUGGAAUUUGAAUUAUGGAUGAAAGGGCUUUCAGAUAAUGAAAAACAAGAUGCAACAGGCUUUUUCAAUGUUAUUAGAAGGCAUAGUGAUUCUCAUUCCAAUAAUAUAGCAGUUAUUAGUAAUCCUAAUCCCACAAGUGAUCUCUAUAUCAUUCCAUUCUCUCAAGAAUAUUCUGCCUUUCUUUCAAAAGCAGCUGAAUUAUUGCAUAAAGCAGGGGAUUUAACCACUUCACCUAGUUUGAAGAGAUUGUUACAUAGUAAGGCUGAUGCUUUUCUCUCUAAUGACUAUUAUGACUCUGAUAUAGCUUGGAUGGAAUUGGAUUCUAAGCUGGAUGUUACUAUUGGUCCAUAUGAGACUUAUGAAGAUGUACUAUUUGGAUACAAGGCGACAUUUGAGGCAUUUAUUGGAAUUCGGGAUGAUAAAGCAACUGCUCAACUUAAACUCUUUGGGGAUAAUUUGCAGGUCUUGGAGCAAAAUCUUCCAAUGGACAACAUGUACAAAUCACAAGAUGUGAUAUCUGCACCUAUUCGUGUCAUCCAGCUUGUUUAUAAUUCAGGGGAUGUGAAGGGCCCACAAACUGUUGCAUUUAAUCUUCCGAAUGAUGAGCGUAUUGUAAAAGAUCGUGGUUCAUCAAUGGUCAUGUUGAAAAACAUUUCUGAGGCAAAGUUCAAGCUAAUUCUUCAGCCUAUAGCAGACUUGUGUAUUGUAAAGGAACAAAGGGAGCUAGUUGACUUUGACUCUUUUUUCACUCACACAAUUUGUCAUGAAUGUUGUCAUGGAAUAGGACCACAUACAAUAACACUUCCUAGUGGUCAAACCUCUACUGUGAGAUUGGAGCUACAAGAACUUCACUCGGCUCUUGAAGAAGCUAAAGCGGACAUUGUCGGCUUGUGGGCCCUUAAUUUCCUUAUUUCAAAGGGUUUACUUCCAAAGACCCUUGUAAAGUCUAUCUAUGUUUCUUUCCUUGCUGGCUGCUUUCGAUCAGUACGUUUUGGGUUAGAGGAAGCUCAUGGGAAAGGACAAGCGCUACAGUUUAACUGGCUAUUUGAAAAAGGAGCCUUUGUUUUGCAUCCUGGGGAGACGUUCUCUGUUGACUUUGAUAAGAUUGAAGAUGCGGUUGAGGGGUUAAGUAGGGAAAUACUUACGAUCCAGGCUAAAGGAGACAAAGAAGCUGCUCGGAAGCUUCUAGAAGAAUACAGUGAAAUGACACAACCUCUCAACACUGCUUUGGGAAAAUUAGCAAGGGUUGAGGUCCCGGUUGACAUAGCACCGGAUUUUCCAGUUGUUACAAAUUUACUGCACAAAAAGUGAUCAACUUUUGUAGUCUUUUUUUAUUACGGAAUUACCUUUAAUUAGUUUGUUCUCAAGAAAUUGUUGACUCCUAAUGUUUUCAACUAUUGUUGUGUAGUUUAAACUAUAUAUCAUUAGAAAUAGAAUAUGAUGUUUACAAGGUUGAUGAAUAAAAUAUCAACUUUGAUUACAAACCGACAUCAACUAUACUAUAACCUCCUGGUUUCUUCAACCUCAUAUCUUCCACACACUUUCUCAACUUGACAGCAUCACUCCAACUUCCAACACCAACAUAAGCAUUCGCUAAACAAACAUAGUACCCUGCUUUUUGAGGUUCCAAAUCAAAAAGAAUCUCACCUACUUUCUUCCCCAUUUCAACAUCCCCAUAAUAACUACACCAACUCAACAUCGCCCCCAAAACACCUUCAUCUCUCAACACCAUCUUCUCUAUAAACUCAUAAGCCUCACUCAACCUCCCACAUCUACCCAACAUAUCCACCACACAAACAUUAUGCUCCGUGACCCGUUCCACACCAUAUUCAUCUAACAUGCAAUUAUAGUACCCGACCCCUUCUUCCACCAGCCCC